AUGACGAAGCAUCAUACGACUUUUUCGAGGAGGGAAGGUUCCUACACGCAUAUUUUGAGACAGAGGAGGGAAUACUACAACAAGACCGUCAAGGAGUACCUGGCAAAAAAGAAAGUCUUCAUGUAUUCCACCUUCUCUCGUAUGGUGAAAGCUUCACAGGUAAAGGUGAGUGUGGUGCUGCAGGUCGUGCUCCCGCGUUUUCGAGUAACCGGGAAAUACAACUUCGUUUCUGCACUUCUCAAGAUCGUGCAACACCACUACACUAAAACAACACAACUAACUAACUGCAACAACAACACUAACUACAACAACACCAAAGACAGAACGUUGGGCAUCAGCCCGUCCGAAGUCACUCCCGAAAACGAAUUGGGACUGUUCAAUAAAGUAAAUGAGAAGCCCGUCGUACCCUCCGUGAAAAUGAAGCUGAAACUCGGGGAUAAAGUGAGGGCCCUACUGCACAGAAAAUAUUUUCAAAACAGCUCGGAAGGGAGAUUUUCACCGUCCCCUACCGUCGUGCCUCUUGAAGAUUACCAGGAAGUGGACGAAGCUUCCAAUUAA